AUGGCUUUCCCAAUGUCUCAUUUCUUGUUGCUUUCUCUUCUUGUGGUUCUCUUUUUCUUUUGUUUUUUGGAGAAAGGUGUUUCCAUUGAAGAAGCUUCAUGGAAAGAAAGACACCAUCUUGUUCAAAUCAACUCUCUCUUACCAUCAUCUUCUUGCAGUUCUUCAACCAAAGGUCCAAAAAGAAAAGCAUCAUUAGAUGUAUUACACAAACAUGGUCCAUGUUCCCAACUGAAUAACAUUGGAAAAGCAAAUUCUAUUCCAACACAUAGUGAAAUUCUAAAUCAUGACAAAGAAAGAAUAAGCUAUAUUCACUCAAAGCUAUUAUCAUCAUCAUCCAAUAACAAUAACAACAAUAAGGUGGAAAUAGAAUUGGAUUCUUCUUCUUCAGCUAAUUUACCAGCAAAAUCUGGUAGCUUAAUUGGAUCAGGAAACUAUUAUGUUGUUCUUGGACUUGGUACUCCUAAAAAGGAUUUAUCACUUAUUUUUGAUACUGGGAGUGAUCUGACUUGGACUCAAUGUGAACCUUGUGCUCGUUCUUGUUACAAACAAAUAGAUGAAAUAUUUGAUCCAUCAAAGUCUUCUUCUUAUUACAAUAUCACAUGUACUUCUCCAGAUUGUACUCAACUCUCUUCAGCUACAGGAAAUGAUCCGGGCUGUUCUUCAUCGACAAAAGCAUGCAUAUAUGGGAUCCAGUAUGGUGAUCAAUCUUUCUCGGUCGGAUACUUCAGCCGCGAACGGCUGAGUGUGACUUCGACCGAUGCUAUCGAUGGUUUUCUAUUUGGUUGUGGACAAAACAACCAAGGCCUAUUCGGUGGCUCGGCCGGUUUGUUAGGCCUUGGUCGUCAUCCAAUCUCGUUUGUCCAACAAACCUCUCAAAAAUACUAUAAAGCUUUUUCUUAUUGUCUUCCCUCCACUUCAAGCGCGGUUGGCCACCUCACAUUCGGCGCCACCCGUAACAAGUACGUAAAAUACACUCCUUUCACCACUUCCAGUAGUAGUUCCUUCUACGGACUCGACAUUUCUGGAAUCAGCGUCGGUGGAACCAAGCUUCCAAUCUCGGCCUCUCUUUUCACCUCCGGCGGCGCCAUUAUCGACUCUGGCACUGUCAUUACACGGCUGCCACCAACCGUAUACGCCAGCCUUCGCGAUAACUUUCGCCAAGGCAUGGCGAAGUAUCCGAAUGCAUCAGCUCUUUCGAUUCUAGACACAUGCUAUGAUCUUAGCGGGACCAAGAUUGUGUCUAUUCCAAAGGUUAGUUUUUUCCUCGGCGGAGGUAACACGGUGGAAAUCCCCGCGCCGGGGAUACUUUACGCGGCGAGUUUGAAGCAAGUUUGUUUGGCGUUUGCGGCAAAUGGUGAUGAUAGUGAUGUUACCAUCUUUGGGAAUGUGCAACAAAGGACACUAGAGGUUGUUUAUGAUGUUGGUGGUGGUAAGAUUGGAUUUGGUUACAAUGGUUGUAAGUGA